AUGUCGCAUUUGCAAUACUACAGCUACGAGGGCGUCGGCCAGAGAAACAAGCAGAAAUUCAAGUACAGCCAAGCUGUUCGAAUUGGCGAUCGUAUUGAAUGCGCAGGGCAAGGAGGCUGGAAUCCCAAGACUGGAGUCAUCCAUCGAGAAAUCAACGCGCAAAUCGACCAAGCCUUUGCAAAUGUGGACCUCAACUUGAAAGAUGCUGGCGGAAAGGGAUGGGAACAAGUCUUCAGAGUGAAUUCCUAUCAUGUUCCCAUAAACGAUGAAGCGUUGGAAGCUAUGGUGCGCAACUUCCGACACUGGAUGCCCAACCACGAGCCGAUAUGGACCUGCGUUGGGGUAACAAGGCUCGGCGAAGAUGAUAUGCGGGUGGAAAUUGAAGUUGUGGCUCAUGAUCCUUAA